AUGGCGCGACUAUCCACAGUGAUCCUGGCUGCCGCCGCUUCUCUCACUGCAGCCAGCGCAAUUCCACCGCGGGACGACACUAGCGCUGAUGGUAACACCAGCACGGGCGGGGGCACAUGUCGCAAAACGAAGGUCGCCAUCCUGGGUGCUGGCAUUGCUGGCGUGACAACUGCCCAAACACUUUCAAACCAAAAUGUCACAGACUUCGUCAUUGUUGAGUAUCAAAGCGAUAUCGGGGGCCGCGUGCACAACCACCCCUUUGGCAAGGAUGCUAAUGGGAAGCCUCUGCUGAUUGAGUAUGGCGCCAACUGGGCGCAGGGUCUUGGUGGAGUGGACGGACACCCAGAGAAUCCAAUCUGGUCUCUCGAGAAGAAAUGGGGCAUCCAGAGCGUCCGGUCCAACUUUGAGCGGCUCAUUACCUAUGAUGAGACCGGGCCCGUCGACUUCAGAGACGAGGUCAAUGAGUUCUACGAUGUCGUGGACAGGCUCUCCGCCAAGGCCGGCGAGAUUCUGGUUGACAACCUACAAGACCGGACAAUUCGAGAAGGGUUCCGAGCCGUCGGGUGGAAGCCGGAGCAGCGCAAGAACCCUGCUCAUGCCGAGGCGGUUGAGUGGUGGCUAUAUGACGGCGAGCAGGCGCUCACACCCGAGGAGACCUCUCUCGUCUUCAACCAGGCCGUGUCCAACUUCACCUUCCUCCAGUUCAGCGACGAGAACGAGUUCAUCAUCGACCAGCGUGGGCACAACACCUGGAUCAAGGGCGAAGCAUCCGAAUUUCUGCAGCCCAACGAUGAACGGCUUCUUCUGAACUCCAUCGUCAAGACCAUCGAGUACUCCUCCAAGGGAGUCAGGGUCACACUAGAGAACGGCGACUGCAUUGAGGCCGACUACGCCGUCUGCACGUUCAGCUUGGGUGUGCUGCAGCAGGACGAUGCCGUGGCCUUCGAGCCUGCCUUGCCCGAGUGGAAGACGUCGGCGAUCGACAUGUUCGAGAUCGGCACAUACACCAAGAUUUUCAUGCAGUUCCCCGAGAAGUUCUGGACGGACGACACCGAGUUUUUUCUUUACGCGGACCCGUUCCGGCGGGGCUGGUACCCAAUCUUCCAGUCUCUUGACCUCCCUGGGUUCUUCCCCGGCUCCAAGGCCAUUUUCGUGACCGUCACCGGCGACGAGGCGCAUCGCGUCGAGAAGAUGAGUGACGCCGACGUGCAGCGCGAGGUCAUGGACGUGCUGCGGCUCAUGUUCCCCGAAAAGGCCGCGACCAUGCCGGAGCCAACGUCUUUCUUGUACCCUCGCUGGUCCACGACGCCGUGGGCCUAUGGCAGCUUCUCGUGCUGGCCAGCGGGCACUACCCUCGAGCAGCACCAGAACCUCCGCGCCAAUGUAGACAGGCUGUGGUUCGCGGGCGAGCACACGAGCGCGACGUACUUUGGGUACAUGCAGGGUGCGUGGUACGAGGGCCGAGACAUCGGUGGCCGUAUCGCUGGCCUAGUCAAGGGCGAGUGUAUAGGCGAGGCGCCGACUGGUGGCGCGAUCAAGGGCAAUGGUGGCUGUGGUGAGAUGGUGCGCUACGAGGUGCUCCACGGCACGACUGAGGAGGACGAAUACAAUGUGCAGAACGGUUGGGACGAGAGCUUCCAGGCGGAUGGAUUUGAUGAAGAAGCGUAG